AGAUUAUCUAAGUGACAUGCAGUCCAAUAAUGAAUCUUUCUUGUUUUAAAUUUUAUUCCUCGUCUUAGAAACAGCUAAAGUAUAAACUUGGAAAUUUUAUAUUUUAUUAAGAAGAAGUGACCAUAGUUUAGUAGGUGCAAAGUCUGACAGAGAAAUCGUCAUGGAAUUCACUCUUGUCAAGGGAGAUCGCUUCAUCAAUGAGAGCGCCCUCCACUCGUACCGAUGCUCCGACAGAGGGUUGCUGCUACCCUUCAUCUCUGAGUACACGUGGCCCGAGGAGGUGCGGUCGACGCUCUACUUCAUCGGGCUGCUCUACUGCUUCCUGGGCGUGUCUAUCAUCGCCGAUAUUUUCAUGGGAGCCAUCGAGAAAAUCACAAGCAAAACUAAGAAAGUCUACCUGACCCAGUCCGGCAAAGACGACCCCGACGUGAUCGAAGUGCGCGUGUGGAGCGACACGGUCGCCAACUUGACGCUCAUGGCGCUCGGCUCAUCGGCUCCUGAAAUCCUUCUCUCCUGCAUUGAGGUCGUGGGAAACAACUUCAACGCUGGGGCACUCGGCCCAGGCACCAUCGUGGGUUCAGCUGCAUUCAAUCUCUUCGUGAUCUCCGCCAUAUGCGUCAUGUGCAUCCCUAGCGGCGAGACUCGGCGUAUCAAAGAUGUCAAGGUUUUCGCGAUCACGAGCGUGUUUUCACUGGUGGCUUACCUGUGGCUGCUGCUGAUCCUCGUGGCCAUAACCCCGGACGUCGUUGACGUGUGGGAGGCGUUGGUGACGCUCCUAUUUUUCCCGCUGCUUGUCCUCCUGGCGUGGCUUGCGGAGAAGAACUUCUGUGGCGUCAAGAAGACCGAGACCGCCAAGCAGAUGGAGCUGGGGAACUUCGAGCCAGGUGAGGGCGACAAACUGGUGAAGGACAAUCAGUACUUCCGUAACGGCCACCUGGACCGCGACGGUCUGGUGCGCUUCAUCAAGGAGGUCAAGAAAUACCCCGGUCUCACCGACGAGGAUGCUGCUGUCCUCGCCGCAUCCAAGUUGGUGGAAUCGCAAUCGCACUCGCGCAUGUGGUACCGCGUGGGCGCCGUCCGUACGAUGACCGGCGGGCGGAAGACGCAGCCACAGCUCUCCAUGAAGCUCAAGGAGAACAUAGCGGACAAACUGGAGAGUGUAUACAACGCCAUGAACGAGCACCCUGAUGCACCAACUUUGGGCAGCGUUCCAACAGUGAAGCCUCACGUGAAUGCCGUUGUUGACUUCCACGCUGCGUCUUGCGCUGUCAUGGAAGACAUCGGAAAGUUUCAAGUCGAGAUCAACCGCACGGGACGGGUUGAUAACAUCGCCCGAGUGCGCGUUGAGACGCUGGAAGGCACGGCCACCGAAGGGGAAGACUACGUCGCUAUCAACCAAAUCAUCACAUUCGAGCCUGAGGAAGUCUCGAAAAUGGUGGAGGUGGAAAUCGUCAACGAUAGCCAAUGGGAGCCUGACGAGGAGUUCUACCUCCGCCUGUCCCUCCUACACGAACGCGAAGACAGGGAAGGCGUCCAGCUCGGCAGGAUCAGCAUCAUGGAAAUUGUUAUACUCAAUGACGAUGAGCCCGGAGUUCUGCAGUUCCAGCGGCGCGGUGUCCUGGUCAAGGAAAGCAUCGGCACGGCCUACGUCCCCGUGGUGCGCAAGAACGGCGCUGACGGAGAAGUUUCUGUCAAAUGGCGCACCAUCGACCGCACCGCCAUCAACAAGAAGGAUUUUGUAGGAGGCGAGGGAGUGCUCACCUUCAAACACACCGAGGUUGAGUUGAACAUCGAGAUACCCAUCAUAGACGACAUGAGCGCAGAGAAGGACGAGCAUUUCGAAAUUGAGCUUUUCGACCCUGAGGGCGGAGCUACUUUGGGACCCAUCAACCGAACGGCCGUGACCAUCACCAACGAUGACGAUUUCGACACCCUCCUCUCGAAGAUGAUGAACCUCACUAACGCCAACAUGCACCAGUUACAAGUCCAUCACGAGACCUACAAGAGUCAGAUCAAAGACGCGCUUAACGUUAACGGUGGAGACAUCGAGAACGCCACGGCCUUGGACUAUGUUCUGCAUUUCUUCACAUUCGGCUGGAAGAUCAUUUUCGCGCUCGUACCUCCGCCCGGCUUCCUUGGCGGUUGGUUGUGCUUCUUUGUUGCGCUUGGCGCCAUCGGCGUCCUGACGGCCAUCAUCGGCGACUUGGCCGCCAUAUUUGGUUGUCUUGUGGGACUCCAAGAUGCCGUUACUGCUAUUACGUUUGUGGCUUUGGGCACGUCUCUGCCCGACACGUUCGCAUCAAAGACGGCGGCCGUGCAGGAGAAGCACGCGGACAACGCCAUCGGCAACGUCACCGGCAGCAACUCUGUCAACGUCUUCCUUGGUCUCGGCCUGCCGUGGCUCAUUGCUGCCGUCUACCAUUCAGUCAAUAAAACGACUUUCGAUGUUGCAUCAGGCAACCUUGGCUUCAGCGUAGGCCUCUACACAGGCCUAAGUGUCGUGUGUCUCGGCCUGAUCGUUCUGAGAAGGAUGCUGCCGUACUUCGGCAAGGCAGAGCUCGGAGGUCCCAACGUGCCCAAGUACUUGUCUGGUCUCUUCAUGAUCUCUCUCUGGCUCAUCUAUGUGCUGCUGGCGUCUCUGCAGACCUACGGAUACUUCUAGGCCACCAGACCUACGGAUACUUCUAGGGCGCCAGACCUACGGAUACUUCUAGGGCGCCAGACCUACGGACACUUCUGGGCCUCUAGACCUACGGAUACUUCUAGACCUCUAGACCUACGGAUAAUUCUAGGCCACUAGACCUACGGAUACUUCUAGACCUCUAGACCUACGGAUAAUUCUAGGCCUCUAGACCUACGGAUACUUCUAGACCUCUAGACCUACGGAUAAUUCUAGGCCACCAGACCUACGGAUACUUCUAUGUCACCAAACCUACGGAUACUUCUAGACCUCGAGGUCUACGGUUACUUCUAGGACACCAGACCUACGGAUACUUCUAGACCACCAGACCUAUGGAUACGUCUAGACCUCUAGACACACGAAUACUUCUAGACCUCUGACCUACGGAUACAAAAAAUUCUAUGUCUCGAAAUCGACGAACACUUCAGACACUUAAACCUAAGGAUGUUUUCCAGCCUCAUGUCUAUUGACACUUUUACAUGAAAUUUUCGCUCCAUAUACAACUGUCAUGUCAUAGACUCUCUGGUCUAUGUUCAGGCAUUCAUUUACGUGCGCAGCCAAAAUUAUUAUUUAUUCAAUUUUUACUAAUUAGUGUUCCGUAACCCGCAGUUUUAGUUUGGUCUACAUUGAAUGUUCCCCACAUACGGUAUGUUAGAAAUAUUUUCUAACCUACUUCCAGAUAUUUGGCUGAAUAUGUUUGCAUAGCGAUAUUACGAAUCUAAAUUGUCCGCUGAAAUUAAGUUUAUAGUUCCACUGACAUUUUUCAUUUGCUAUACCUUAUGACGCUCGCUUGUUUUCCAUCAAGGCCUGAAAACGUUCUUCAGGAGUUCUUUAAUCACACUUUUUUAUCUGUUCACUUUAAUUUGGCACUUAAUUUCUAAUACCUUAUUACUUAAAGAUGCUGGCAAUUGACACAAUUUUCUUAUCGGUUUCCAUUAUAUUAUUGUAUCAAUGCCUGAAUAUUAUUUAUAGGUUUCAGAAUUCUAUAUAUCAUUCAUGGAAAGACGCUAUAUCAAUUUAUAUCACUUUCUAUUCUGGGGAGAAAGGAGGUCACCAAGGAACUUGUAUUGGCCAACUUCUUCAAGUCAUUCCUUAUGAAUCUCAGCAGUUCUGGGCAAUUUUAUCAGAAAUUUAAAAAUAGCAAUCAUUAUUGUUCUUUUAUCAUUAUUUAUUGGCAAAUUGACAUUUAGAGGUUCAUUGCAAAGCUGCUACUCCGACUCCAGUAUUAUGAUACAUGUAUUCCCUACAGACCGUAGCACCGUCUUCCCAAGCUCCUUCUUUAGUAACACCGUUAUGAGAGCUAACCUCCACUGAAUACAACAUGAAUGAGAGGAAUAGUGAA